GUAUCCAGAGGAGUCCCUGCAACUUUAUCCUAAAAUGGAUUUUCUUCCACUGUCCCUAAAUUCUGCUACCAUAGCUGGACUUUUAGCCAUAAUUCUUUUCUCCUACUAUCUUCUAAAGAGGUCCAGAGUUGGCCUAGCCAAAACAGCACCAAUUCCUGCUGGUGCAUGGCCUGUAAUUGGUCACCUUCCUCUGUUGGGAGCAACUCAGACUCCCCACAUCACUUUGGGAGCCAUGGCCGACAAGUAUGGACCACUUUUUACAAUCAAGCUUGGAUUGCACCCUGCUUUGGUGUUGAGCAGUUGGGAGAUGGCUAAGGAGUGCUUCACCACCAAUGACUUGGCUGUGUCCUCGCGGCCCAAACUAGUUGCCAUAAAACACUUGUGCUAUAACUACGCUGUGUUUGCCUUUGCACCCCAUGGUCCCUAUUGGCGUGAAUUGCGUAAAAUAACCACUUUAGAGCUACUAUCUAAUCGCCGGCUUGAGAUGCUUUCCCACAUUAGAGUCUCCGAAGUUGAGAACGGUAUAAAAGAUUUAUACAAACUUUGGUUCAAGAAAAAGAACGGGUCAGGCUUGAUUUUGGUGGAGUUGAAGCAGUGGUUUGGGGAUAUGAACCUCAACGUGAUUCUUAAGAUGAUUGCUGGAAAGAGGUACUUUGGUACUAGUGAUGGGGUUAAUGAAGAAGAGGCUCGGCGUUGCCAAAAGGCCUUGGGGGACUUCAUUCAUCUUUUGGGGCUGUUUGUGGUGUCCGAUGCUAUUCCUUUCCUUGGGUGGUUAGAUUUGGGUGGACAUGAAAAGGCCAUGAAGAAAACUGCAAAGGAAUUGGAUGGAAUUCUUGGGGAAUGGUUGGAAGAGCAUAAGCGAAAGAGAGCUUCAUCUGAGAAUAAAGGGGAGGAAGAUUUCAUGGACAUAAUGCUCUCUGUCCUUGAUGGUGCUGAGAUUGAAGGUUACGAUGCUGAUACAAUCAACAAAGCCACAUGUUUGAGUAUGAUUGCUGGAGGCAGUGACACUAGCACAGUUACUCUAGCUUGGACAAUAGCGUUAUUGCUAAACAACCGCCAUGUGUUGAAGAAGGCCCAAGAUGAGCUUGAUGUCCAAGUGGGCAGGGAAAGAAUUGUAAACAAAUCAGACAUUAGUAAGCUAGUCUAUCUCCAAGCCAUAGUUAAAGAGACAUUACGUUUGUAUCCUGCAGGUCGACUAUCAGGACCACGUGAAUUCACUGAGAAUUGCAUUAUAGGUGGUUACCAUGUUCCAAAAGGCACUCGAUUAAUCACAAACAUAUGGAAAAUCCAAACAGAUCCACGCAUUUGGUCAGACCCAUUAGAGUUCAAGCCCGAAAGAUUUCUCACCACCCACAAGAAUGUUGAUGUUAGGGGUCAAAAUUUCGAAUUGCUCCCAUUUGGAAGUGGUAGAAGAGUAUGUCCUGGAAUAUCUUUUGCCCUUCAAAUGGUUCACUUAGCAUUGGCUAGUUUUCUACACAUGUAUGAUAUCUCAAUUCCCUCAAAUGCAAAGGUUGAUAUGGCUGAGACAAUUGGUCUCACAAAUAGCAAAGCCACCCCACUUGAAGUUCUCAUCAGACCUCGCCUACACCUUCCAAGCUUUAUGGAUUAAAGACUACCUAAUAUAGUUCAUGUGCAGGUCUAAGAAUUGUGAUUUGAUCAAAAUUUGCCAUGAUUUGUCUAUACUUUGUUACUGGGUGUGCCAUUUUGCAGGACACCAUGAGUUUGCUAUUGUGAAAUGGAAAUAACAAUGCCUAAUAAUUGGGAGAAAACGGUUAUUUCUCCACCUUCAUUAUGUUGGGUUAUUCAGACAUAAAUAGAUUUGAGUUUUUUCAA